GGUAUCGGGCCACUUGCUCGAAGCAAAAAUGCUGACAAUAAUAUAUUGGCCGAAGUUUUGGUUCUCACUUGAGAUAUAUUCUUCUUAACUUAACAUUGGCAGAAACAUUGACAAGAUGAAUCAAUCACCUAAAGAUACCAGGUGCAAAGGGAGUGGCUUAAAGUUAAUAUGUCUUUUGGGCAACUCAGCAAAUCAAAUCCAGGAGAACCAAGAAAGUUUGCUGGCUUCAAACAGUUCAGAUGGUAAAUGUCUCGGCGCGCUAAAGAUUGAUUUGGCUGCUGGAUUGUCUGAUAUUCGACUCAAAGUUGAAAAAGAGCAUAAAGAUUUUUUUGAUCUGGUCGCACAGGGCAAAAUCUUCAAAAUGCAACUAAGUCAAGAAUUCGCAUACAAUAUGAUGCGUGGUAAGGGUGUCGGUACACGGCCUGUAUUUCCUCCCCCACGAGAUGCAACUGGAGAUUUCGAGGAUUACAGACCUACUGCAGAUGCUGAGGAUAAUUUACAAUCUGGCUACAAGUACUAUAAGAUUCGACCAGACUCCGAUUUCAACAAUGCCGCAACUCCCGAAGACCUUGCGCAAGGAAUCGGUCGACUGGCAAUUGAAGAGCUUCCAAGAUGCGAGAUUGUUCUUGAUUUGAAAGGUGACGAAGGAGAAACCACCAACCACUACAAGGGCAAGGAGGUCUGGGGAAAUUUUGGUUAUAUUGAAGUCAACGGAGUCUGGGUAGAUCCUGAUAGCGAGAAGGACUUGGCGCAUGCAUUUAAGGGCUAUCCGGUUCUAUCACCAGAGAAGCUUCAAGAUGCUAGAGCCAAGGAUGCCCGAAUCAUGAGUCCAGCCGAGGCUGAUAAAUUCUAUGAAUUCUUCAACGAUUACGUCUCCGACGAUGAAGGAGAUCCUCGAGAUAAUCGAAUGUCGCCAGAAGAGUUUGCGAAGAUGGUUCGUGGCACAGCCAGUGAGGGUAAAGGUGAUACGUGGGCUAGAGCAAUUGUCGCUCCUCAAGAAAAAUAUACAGACAGACCUCGCGUGCCACGUAAAUCUAGAACCCAACGUGGAAACGAUAUGUUGCCACCACAGAUUGACAGAGAUACUGGUAGUUAUUACUCCGGUUUCGGUGGUGAUAAUUCGGAUACGGCCAGCCUUCUUAUCUCGGCAGCUGGAGUUGACAUCCUUCAAAGACCCGAACACUUCAAUCGCAUGGACCCCCAAACUGACAUGAAAAUCCUUGCUGAGGCAUAUGGCAGCCCCAAUGCUUUCAAAGAUGAUGGUGGAUGGUCUAAUACAACAACACUUCCUGUUUUCAAUACAAAAGCGGCUGCCAAAGCUAUCACCUGGGACAUCCCUGGUCUGACUGAUGAGCAGCGCGAACGAGGCUUGGCUGAUAUGACAUUAAGGGGAGAAGCACAUUUCCAACAUAGUCAAGUGAUGGCACGAAAUCGAGAUGAGCUUAAAGCAGAGAAGAUGAUUGCAUUCAGCGGUCUGGCAGGCUGUAUGAGAGAGCACUAUUUCAUCAAGCAGUGGCUGCACAAAAAUCCUUCAUUUGCCAAUGAAGAAACCCGCAGAUUAGUGGAUUCCAUCUCUUUGGAGACACCAUUCAGACGUAUUGAACGCACCAUGAUCAGUAACGAUGAACCUGCUCCCAAUACGACCGCUGAUUCAUAUCUCGGACUCAAUCGCGAAGACCGUACCUAUAUGCGUUUGAUCAAUGAUAUCUACCAAGAUACUCAUAACCUUACUCUGCAUCUUCAGAAUCAGGUCAUGGUCUGGAGUGCUACCAAAGCCGAGAUUGAGGUCAAGAUUGGCGAAUACUAUUUCUUACGCGAGCGAAUCAUGGCAGCCUCUGGUAUGAAUAACGAGUUCAUUGAUAGUCUCAUUCCUGUCAGUGCUCCUAGAACUCCUCGAGUCAACUUUUAGUGGGGUUUCUGGCUCAAGAAUAUCUUGGCUGCUGAUCGUACUCUGUCGCUAUCAUUCAAUUUCGCUAUCACGAGCUGUAGCUCUCGCAUUUCGAGAUGCAUGUGCCCAGCCUUGUCAAUUAAUAUAUUGACCAAUAGCUGCUUUUCCAUUACAGCCAUACAUAGAAACACAAUCUUUGCGUAUUCAGGAAACGCUUUUUUGCUUUUACUUUCGCAGACCAAAUCCCAUGCAUGUCGCUCUUCACGAAUGCUUGCAGUAAUUUUGCUUUACGACUUAGCUAAAACAAUCCCGCUUUACGAUCAUUCCUUAGCGCGCAAACACGGAUUUUUUGCUGCUUCUACGGAUUUCUAUCUUUGAGUCUUUCUAGCAAGCACUUAGGCAUACAUUGCUCUCGCUCGUUCAUACAACUACGAUACCCAGAGGUCAGAAUACAGGCCCCCUACUUUGACACGUUUCCUUUCCAUUUUGAUUCCUUUUCCUUAACUUUCGUUUGUUCUUCAAUUGCGAACUUCUCCUCUCCUAUUUCUUGUUCUAAUAAUGGGACAUUCGGAUGCAGUAUUACUAUUUUCUAAUGAUGACAACAAUGAUAGUCAUACCACGCAAUGCCUUUGAUAAGUUUCGUACCUUGAAUGGAGCAUAUGCUGACCGAGAAAAUUACUUACAGUUUUGUGAUGGAUGAAAAACGGAGUUUUCUCUUCGUUGGGCAUACUAGGAUAGUUUUACUAAGAUCGGGCACCUAGUAGCUUAAUUAAAAGUUCUCCCCUUUCCGUGCACUUUAAUUUCUAGAUAGGUGUGGAUAUCA